AUGCGUCUGCAGGCGUUCAUCGGGUCACUCACGCUCUCUGGAGUUGCUGUGGCCUUUUCAGAUGCCACACCCUGGAUUCUAUACUCUACUGCGUCCUUUCCUUCGACCAGUGAUGCGCAGCUCCAGAGCAGCUCCGACGUUCUGAGAAACACAAAAGAUAUUCUCUCAAGAUGCCCGACCGACUACUACGUGUUGGCGACGCAGCCUGGGAUGAAUGCCGCCGAUCUUCACCACAACCAGUUCUCGGAUAUGCCAUUACUCCAUCAAUCGGUAACUCUCGAUGACCGUAUCCAAGGAAAAUACAUUGUCUCAGAGGUCGUCGGAGAUAUCAAGGACGGCAAUCUCGUCAAUUUCGUGAAAAAUGCCUGCUCGCAGCACGGCAAGCAGGCUGUUGUCGAGCAGGUCUCACUGGGCCAGCUGCCGCAAGAAAACAGGGCACGGGCUCUUCUUCUUAAUGAUCACAUCCUUGGUGAACGCAUUAGCAAAGAUAACGGCCACGAGAGCUUCACGAUCCUUUUCUAUGCCACCCGACCAGAACCUGCUUACGAGGCGCAAUUUGACGAGGCUGUUCACCAGGACCUGCGAAGAGCUACACAUGACAGUGAUGCAGUUUUUGAGACAGAUAACAGACCUCUGUUCGAAAAAUAUCAGUUCUUCACUCCAGGUAUUUUCAUGGGCCUUAUCACGACGAUUGUUCUUUUCAGUAUUCUUGGGGUUGGGAUCAAGGGACUUGGCAGUCUGCAGGUGUCGUAUGGUGCGUUUGAAAAGGAAAUGGGGCCAUCUGCACAGAAGAAACAGCAGUAA